AUGACGGCAGCGAGCGCGAAUCCCAAACUCCCUCCCCCGCCCUCCCAACUCGUCUACCUGACCAACUUAAAUGCCCGCUACAACGCCGCCGAUCAUGCCGGCUCCGCGCGCCCCAAGAAAAAUUUUUCUCGCCAUCGCUCCCACGACGACAGUCGUCGCUUGUCCGAUAUUGGGGAGGAAAUGUCGCCCGCGCGGUCUGAGGUCUUUGACGAUGCUCAAGCUUCGCAGCACCAGCAGCAGAGGCACGCGCAGGGGUCAAGAGGUUCGCCUCUUCCAAGGAGUCGGAGUCAAUUGGCCAUAUCGGAGAAUCAGGAUUCUGGGAAUGCGGCGCGGAGUAAUAGCUCCAGCUCGACGGUGAGUGCGCGAAGCGGGUGCACCUCGGGAGAGGCGUCUUCGCCGCAGACUGCGCCGGAGACGUCGCCCAAUGUCAAUGCGGUGGAGAGCGCAAACAAGAAUGGUACCGGGGAUGGAGUCAAGACGGGCACUGGAUUGCCUGAUAGCAGCAUUGUUGCAUCUGCUGUCAAGGGUAAGGGUCCUGGGGAAGAGUUCUCGUCGGCGAUCUUGAGCAGUGAGGCGGAGAGGAUUCUUGAGAAUGCAAAGAAGCGUCUGACGUUGAUGGAGGGUAAUUUGAAUCGCGCACGCUCGGCGGUGCGUCUAACGCCUUCACCUUCGCCGUCUGCGCCGGGUAGUACCUCGCCUAUGGGUUUGCACCCGGGUGGAUUGUAUCGGUCGAUUUCGAAAGCUGAUCGCAAGGGAUCGGCUCUGCGACGCCAGUCCUUCGUUCCGUCGCAAGAUGGCUCGACUAAUCGGCAUUCGCGCGUGCAUAGCGAAACCAAUUUCCCGGCUGAAUCGAGCUUGUCGUCGGAUACGAAGCGAGUGUCUCGGUCGGUCUCAGCGAUGGGAUCAAGUAGCACGUCCAACUUUCACAAUGACGACCGGUCUUUUCGGUAUGAACCUACGCGGUCGUAUCUCACGCAUCGCGCGUCGAUCUCGUCCAUCCGACCCCCGCAUUUACUCCAAAUACAAUCGCCUAAGUCAGCGCAGUCUCCAGUCUCUGCCGGAUCUCCCGUCAUCCAGUCUCCCGUCAUCCGUGAAGAUAGCUCAUCCUGCUCCUCGCCGAGAGGUUUGGGCAUUUUGUCCGAGGACGACUCCAAAUCCAAUGGAGGUGACUUCAGCCCUGUCUAUAGCUCGUUCGGCCCGCCCAGCCGUGCACAGUCGCAGUUGCAAGUGCGCGACCUUCAGUACCAGAUGAAGGGUCUUCACAUCAAGAUCUCCUCGCUCAAGGUGCGCACACAAGAAGAUAAUAUGCGACGUCGCAGCUUGCAAAGUCUGCGCACGCCUAGUCCUUUGACUGCCGCGGACCCUUGGUAUCAGAAUGGGCUUGAGGUUCGUGACGGACGCAGCAGUCGUGGGUCAAAUCCUCGACGAGACGGGAGCUCGGAAUAUGUACGCGAAACUCAAUCCCGACAGUAUACGGAGACUGCCUCGAAGGAUCGCAAGGGGUCUUAUAAUCAUGAGCGUAUCGAUGAUAGCCCCGUUGAGCAGAGCCCCCAUCUCGCGCAAGGCACAGGCGAAUCGUGGCAGGGUCAUGACAUUGACUACGAUGGCCGUGAGUCUGCAGCAGAGACCAUGUACGAGGAUGCCGAGGAGGGCGAUUACUAUGACGACGGCGAUAUUGACCGAGAAGCGCUGAAUGAGAUUCUGCGUGAACCACUCGAUGCAGACCUAGCCACGCCCCACGAGGAACGUGAAGAUGCCUUUGAUUACGAGCAUUUCAUUCUUCACAGUGCUUUGGGCAAUUUCUCGCAGCAGAUGCGUCAUGAUAGCGUCAGCUCUCAUGGCUCCGUUGAGACAACGCGACCCACGCACUCGGUGCGACACUCGCGCACCAACAGUUCUCUUUCUGCCUCGACCGAUGCUACGUUUGCUACGGCUACCGAGGGUGAGCCGAUGCCCGAUGAUGAGGACGACAUUCUAUACUGGGAUCGCAAAUUCAACCAUGAACUGCGUCACCGCCACCACGGUCAACACGCCAAUGCUGCCAUUGAAACAGACCGCUCCGCAACGCCCCGUGGUUCCCGAGAAGACACAAAUGCCACUCCAGUGGAAGUUCAGCAAUCUCCCGCACGAAGCGUGGAUAUGACUGGUCGCUCAACGGCCGGCUCUGCGACGCCGACAUCGCUUGUUUCUUCGCUUGUCUCGACGGUGCGCGCAGCAUCUAGUCCGCACCCGGGCUCUGCGACUCCCACUGCGGGCGGUAUCAAUGAUGAUGACACCCAGAUGCUGGAGCAGCUCUUCUCGAGUCUUGGAAAGGUCUGCAUGGACCUUCAAGCCAUCACGACCUCGCCGGAUCCAGACUCCAAGGCUGCACGUGUCCUGCGUCGACGAUUAGAUGCUGCACGGAGAGUCCUUGAUGGUGAACUCGAUGCUUAA